UUGCCUUCCAGCACCACCCAGUCAGUCAUUUCCACGCCCGACGCCGACGACUCCUGGAGCUCUAGCUUGCUUUCCCAGGUCACUCCCUGUUCGGGCCAGGGGCCCGCCACCGCCUCUAACACCGGCCUCCCGGGCUCGCUCGCCUUGGACCAGACUAGCGGGGCCUCCAGUUCAGACAGUGGCUCCAGCAGCUCGGAGGGGGCUGGCCCCGACAACCUCGGGGAAACAGCCACUGAGCCUCCUCCAUCCAGUAGCACCCUCAAAAGAGUAUCAAUAUCGGUGGAAGAAUCCAUCCAGCCCCCUUCGGCCAGCCUCCUCCGAGAAUCAGAAUGGGCGACAUCUCCUGAGCCCAGUACCACUUCUGGAAUAUCUAUACGCGGGGGCGCCCUGCGCGCAUCGCUCGACUUCUUCGAGGACUCAGGGUCAAUGCCUACGGUACCACAAAACACCCCCCAGGGGUCGUCAGAAGAAUCCCUGUCAUCCGUAGUAAUCCGCACCCCCAAAGUAUCUGCACCAAGACCUAUCCCGUUCCAGGGCCCUUUCCUAGAGUCGAUUCAGGGGUCCCCCUCGCAAACAACAGUCGGCAGUGAAAGGAGUUCGGUGCAAGAAGACGCCCCCUCCUCGAACUUUUCGCUAGAGGCCGAGCAGGGGUCUCCCCCGUCCUCGUUGUACAGCUCGGCCAGGAGUUCAGCACAAGAACGGCUCAUGUCCAUGACCUCCUCGCAAGUGGCCAAUCAGGGGUCCCACCCGUCCUCAGUGCUCAGCACCCCACGUAGUUGGUCACAAGAAGCUGUCACGAUGCAUGGCUCUUCCAGAGGGUUGGCCUCGGAGUCCCGCCCCCUUCGGCAUUCUGGGCCACAGCCUUCUUUUCCUGUGGACUCCUCCCAACUGUUGGCAAGAAUGUCCACCCAGCGCGUGAUGCCCAGUGUCAGUCGAAUGCCAAUGGAAGCAUCGGACCCGCCCCGGGACUCCCGCGGGGUGUCAGUACAAGUAUCGGCUCCGCCCUCAGGGCGGGACGCUGCCUGGCAAUCAGUGGAUGAACUGGCUCCACCCCCGGGCUCCGGGGAAGAGUGGGUAGAAGAGCGCUCCGCACCCUGGGCCAGCCUCAGCCUCUCUUCCUGGGAGACUGUCAACCAGAGCAUGGCGAGUCGGGAGAAGGCGAGUGUCUCCGGCCACCUGUUCGACGUAGUCGUGAUAGGAGGUGGCAUCUCAGGAUUGUCUGCUGCUAAACUGUUAGCUGAACAUGAAGUUGAUGUUUUGGUUUUAGAAGCCCGGGACAGAGUUGGAGGUAGAACGUACACUAUAAGAAAUAAACAUGUUGAUUACGUAGAUGUUGGCGGGGCUUAUGUGGGACCCACCCAGAACAGGAUCCUAAGGUUGUCUAAGGAGCUGGGCUUAAAAACUUACAAAGUGAACGUAAACGAACGUGUUGUACAAUAUGUCAAGGGGAAAACUUACCCAUUCCGCGGUGCCUUCCCUCCAGUCUGGAACCCCAUUGCAUAUCUGGAUUACAACAAUCUGUGGCGGACAAUGGAUAACAUGGGAAAGGAGAUUCCCGCUGAUGCACCAUGGGAUGCCCCACAUGCCGAAGAAUGGGACAGAAUUACGAUGAAAGAACUCAUUGAUAAAAUCUGCUGGACACAGACAGCUAGGCGGUUUGCAUCUCUCUUUGUGAACAUCAAUGUGACCUCUGAGCCUCAUGAGGUGUCUGCCCUGUGGUUCUUGUGGUAUGUGAAGCAGUGUGGUGGCACUACUCGGAUAUUCUCGGUUACCAAUGGGGGCCAGGAACGGAAGUUUGUAGGUGGCUCUGGUCAAGUGAGCGAACGGAUAAUGGAGCGCCUCGGGGGUAGAGUGAAGUUAAGUCAUCCUGUCACCUUUGUUGACCAGUCAGGUGACAACAUCAUCAUACAGACGUUGAAUAAUGAAACUUAUCAGUGCAAAUAUGUUAUUAGUGCCAUCCCUCCGACUCUGACGAGCAAGAUUCACUUUAUUCCAGAGCUGCCAUGUGAGAGAAACCAGUUAGUGCAGCGUCUUCCAAUGGGAGCUAUUAUUAAGUGUAUGAUGUAUUACAAGGAAGCCUUUUGGAAGAAGAAGGACUACUGUGGUUGUAUGAUCAUCGAAGAUGAGGAGGCUCCAAUUGCAAUAACCCUGGAUGACACCAAGCCAGAUGGAUCACUGCCUUCUAUCAUGGGCUUCAUUCUUGCUCGAAAAGCUAUCCACCUCGCUAAACUCCAAAAAGACCAAAGAAAGAAAAUAAUCUGUGAGUUGUACUCCAAAGUGCUGGGAAGUGAGGAAGCUUUACACCCAGUGCAUUAUGAAGAAAAGAAUUGGUGUGAAGAACAAUACUCUGGAGGCUGCUACACCGCCUACUUUCCUCCUGGCAUUAUGACUCGAUAUGGAAGGAUAAUUCGAGAACCAGUAGACAGAAUUCAUUUUGCUGGAACGGAGACAGCCACACAUUGGAGCGGGUACAUGGAAGGAGCUGUUGAAGCUGGAGAGCGAGCAGCUAGAUCGAUCUUGAAUGCUCUGGGAAAAGAGACAAAUCAAGACAUCGAAGAGCCUGAGUCAGAGGAUGUCCCAGCUAUUGAAAUCACACACACCUUCUGGGAAAGAAACCUCCCCUCUGUGCCAGGCCUGCUCAAGCUCAUUGGAUUUUCCACAUCAGUAUCUGCCCUGUGUUUUGUGGUGUACAAGUGCAGGCUGCUAGAACGAUCCUGAAGUACACUCUCUGCUUACCCUUUUCCAGUACCGUCAGAAGGGAAAUGUUGACAAAUUAAUGGCUGUGUCUCAUUAGACUAUUGUUAAGUGCACUGGAUGGAACACCUUAGUUUAGUCUGUGUUAAAGUAAAAACAACUUACAGAAUCCCACCUAAUAACCAGUGGAGAGCAUGCUCCAUCUUAUUUGUGUAGAUUAAUUCAUGUUGAUUGGUGUAUUAACUCUUGUGAUCAGUUUCUUAGUUUCAAGUUAAAGUGCUCAUCAGAAACAACUGCUAUGACCUGUUUUUCUCCCCUUUAACAUAAAAUGCCUGGUAAUUGCAGAAAGGAAACAUUUAACUUUCUGUAGAGGUUGAAUGGGUGAAUGCCCAGCUUGUGACUGAUCUUUUCAGUCCUUAGGACAUGUGCGGCAUAGGUCCAGAGCCCAGCGGCUCCCAGUCUCCUGGGGUGAGCAGCUCCCACUUAGUGUGAAGGAAUAGGACAUGAACGCAGUGGAGGGAGACCAGUGGUUGCGGGGAUACAUUUUGUGGGUUGUUGCCUCAGGAAUCUUCUGACCACUUCUAAUUCCUGCAGAGUUUCUAGACAUCUAGCCUCAGUCUUAGCUUGCCUGUAUAUUUUCCCAGUUUUCUUCUUAAAGAGGAGAGUGUUUACCAAGGCAUGAUGAUUAAAUUGACUUUCUGUGACUUUUGUGCAGCUCUCCAGGUGAGCAGAGCGAACUAGUGACAGGGUUGUCCCCUUGAGGCCUCCCUGACUAGCUCUGCAUGAAGCAUCUUUUCUUCCUGGAAGAUGGCUAGACAUCACUUCGCUCAUCCUUGAUGAUAACAUUCUCUACCAAUUUCAAGAAAGCAGUAUUUUUCUUUUUUUUUUUUUUUCUUUCAGGUAGACCCUGGCCCGUAGUGGCAUAUUUUUUUUUCUUUUUUCCUAUGACCAUAAUAGAAUUAUAGAUCUGUUAACUUAAAUAUCUCUUUAACAUAGUUAGCUUAGAGUAAAUGUUAGCAUGAUAAUUUUUCUCAAAUAACUGAAAUAGACAUUAAAAUUUUUGUUGUUGUUAUUUGUUAGACUAUAAGAUACAGAAAGGAAAUCAGGGCUCUAUUAUAAAUUCUCUUGCCUUAGGUAUUACAUUUUAUAAAAGGCAUGAAAUGGAGUGAUUUCACAUAUGAAGACUAAGUUCUCUAAGGAGUAGUGUGGCCCAGACUAGUGCCUACCUCUUGUCUUUCCCAUUUAAAACCUGUCAGAACUGUAAAGCUUCUUCCAAAGGUUUCAGCCACAAGACACCUCUUUUCUUAGUAUAAACAUCUGGGGAAAAUAUCAACACACAUGUGAUCAAAUAAAGCAGUUGAGAAGAUUCAGUGAACUCAGGUACGCAAGUGAUGGAUAUACAGUAACACCCCAUCCUGCAUCAUCAGUGAAUGAUAGCUGACACUUACUCUUUUAUGUGCCAAAAAUUUUAAAUAAAAAUAUCGAAGAACAUACUUCCACACAUUAAACAAGUUAGAUUCAAGAUAUUUUUUAUCAGGUCAGUUAUAUGCCUCAGUUAUCUUAUGCUUUUAUUAUAGUGUGAUACCACUGUGUUUGCCCCUCCACAAAGUAUCACGUUUGUUUUAUAGCUGUUGAGUCGACUGUUUCUUCUCCCAUAUUCAGCAUUUUAUUCUAUAUUCUCGUUAUCUCCUAACACUCCUUAACCUAAUCUAUUUUUUAUUAAAUGGGAAUUAAAGCCUGCCAAAGGAAACCAACCCAAGUUUAUUACAUAAUUAACCUUAUCAUAAGUCCAAAAUUAAGUAAUGGCCCCGGUGUGAGGACUUAAGGUAUUUGUUUUGCCUAUCCUACGGGCAAAGAGCAGGGUGUUUAUGCUGCUCUUUGCCUUUCAUUUGAAAAGUGUUUUAGCUAAUUUAGGAGACUAGAGAAACUAGUCAGUUCAGGCAGCUGAUAGUGGGUUGCCCUGUUAAGGCGUCUGUUUCACAGUUCUGAAGACUUGAGUUGGCCUUACUCCAUUGUAAGAUCAAUAAUUAGACUUUAAAAGUUAUCCUUUUUGUCAUAACCGUUAAAUAAGUAUUUAUACCACACUGAAGAAAACGAUUGCAAGAUCAUGAACUACAUUUUGUUUGAUUGUGAACUUGAUGUCUAAUGUUCUGUCUGAAAUGUGCCCCAUUGCUACCUGUGGGGCUAUGCAUAUGUGUGUGUUGGGUUUUUUUUUUUGCAAUUGAAAUAUGCUUUUGCCUGUAUGGUACUGUUUCAUUUCUUAAUAAAGUGCACUGCCACCCUGA